AUGUCCAAGUCCCUUCUCCUCUCCGCCCUCGUCGGCAGCACCAUGGCCCAGACCACGGUCAUGGACCUAUUCCUGCCCGGCUUCGACAACCAGGCACUCGUGGGCUCGGUCAUGACCGCCAACCCCACCAUGGCGCAGUACUUCGUCGCGUGCCCAGGGGGCGAAGACGCCAGCGACUGCGGCGCCGGCCCGGGCGUCACCGUCACCAUGCGGCCCGGCAACUACGGGCUCGACAUAGACGGUGGUGAUGCGGUUACCAUGACCGAGCAAUGCCAGAUAGACCAGGGCACCGCCAUCUGCACGGCCAGCAUCGGCGGCACCGACGCCAACGACCCGGGCGUGCAGACCGUCACGUCCACCGACAUCGACAGCUCGGACUUCUUCCUUGCCGUCACCAUCACCGCCGGUCUUGAGAAGCUCGCCGCCGCCACCGCCACAGGCUCCACCACUGCUUCCUCGGGCGCUUCCUCGACGGCCGCCGCUGCCAAGUCCGGCGUCAGCAGCACCGCCGCGGCGCAGACGAGCAGCGGAACCGGGACCAGUGGUGCGAAGGCAACUAGUGUCAGCACGGGGGGUGCCCCGAUCGCCACGCAGCAUGUGGUCUUGGCCGGUGUGGCCGCGCUCGUGGGUGGUGUGCUGGCCAUGUAG